AUGGAUUUGCAGGGGACGGGUUUUCAUAUCUCAAGAGUCCCAUAUGGUGGGGUGGCAUUGGAACUUGUAUGUCUGCUGUCAAGGCAACCUUACGACAACAACCUAACUCGUACUACAGUGGCCAUUGGUGAAAUAGCAAACUUCGCCGCCUAUGCCUUUGCACCUGCCAUCUUAGUCACACCUUUAGGCGCCCUCAGUGUUUUAAUAGGUGCUGUUCUCGGCUCCUAUUUCUUAAAGGAGAGACUUGGCACCCUCGGAAAACUUGGAUGUGCGAUGUGCCUCCUUGGUUCUGUCGUGAUUGUGCUUCAUGCACCUCCUGACAAGCCGGUGGAGACUAUCGAUCAGAUCUUGGAGUUUGUCCUAACGUCAGGAUUUCUUUUUUAUUGUCUAGCCGUGGCGAUCUUUGCGACAGUCAUGAUUUAUCGCGUUGCACCUGUCUACGGAAAGAAGAACCCGCUCAUUUACAUCUCGAUCUGCUCUACCGUUGGCUCCGUUUCGGUUAUGUCUGUCAAAGCAUUCGGCAUCGCAUUGAAGCUUACUUUGGGUGGAAACAAUCAGUUCACUCAUGCUUCGACCUAUGUUUUCGCGAUUGUAACUUGCUUUUGUAUUCUGACUCAGAUGAACUACUUCAACAAGGCCUUGAAUGAGUUCUCAACCUCAAUAGUCAAUCCACUGUAUUAUGUCACAUUCACAACCGCUACGCUGUGUGCUUCUUUCAUUCUUUUUAAAGGCUUCAACACCACUGAUGCUGUGAGCACAAUCUCGCUGCUUUGCGGUUUUCUUGUCAUCUUCUCUGGUGUUUACCUCCUUAACCUGUCGCGACACGACCCCGACGGGCGAAAGAUGCUGGCUGGAAAGGACGAUGAGGACGAUGGUGUCCCCACCGACGCAAUCGCGAGCUUUUCCACCCGGCGUUCCAUGCAAGCGAGGAGAAGUCUUGAUCCACAUCGGCGAAGUUCCUCCAGUAUUGCAUUUUUGAACGGCCAAAGCGAUCGUGAAGGUCUCAUGCGCUCUUACGACGCUGAGAAUGGAGUUAUCGGUUUAAGCGAAUUGAGAGAAGACGAUGGAGAGCCCGGGCCAACUCGGAAACGGAGCGAAGAUGGGAAUGGUACCUUGUACCAACCUAAACAAGAUGGCCGAUAA